AUGCAGCAAAAGACCUUUCUUGCUUUGGUCCUUCUCUAUGGAGUCGAAUGUCUAGAUUUGGGCAAUGCACAUGCCCAUAAUCCAUUUCUCCUCAAAAGACAAGCUCCAAGAGAGCGGUUGUUCGAAAAUAUCCCAGCAACCGUCGAUCUAAAAUGGUACCCCUGUAGUAACGAAACUACCGAAAUCCCUUUCGAAUGCGCAAGACUCAGCGUUCCCCUAGACUACAAAAAACCCAAUAAUGGACUCCGCGCCAUAAUCCCAAUCAUCAAAUAUCCUGCGGAUAAGGAUGUCCCAUACAAGGGUUCGGUUUUGAUCAAUCCGGGUGGUCCAGGUGGUUUAGGUUCGGAAACAGUAUACGAUGUCCCAACCGCCAGACAAAUCAGGUCGAAUAUCAUUGGCCCCGGAUGGGAUAUUCUAGGCUUCGAUCCUCGAGGUAUCGGUUAUUCGGUUCCAUACGGAAGUUGUGAUAUUAUACCAUAUUCGGUUGAGCCUGAACGUCAAAAUGCGACAACUUUAUUCCAGGCUCCUUCUAAACUAAAAUCCAGACGACGUGCAACUAAACUUCCACCCAAUAACGACGAGGUCUCCUAUGGAAUACUAAUACCUGAUGAUCCACCAUCUUGGAAGCCCCAGGCUUACCAAACGGCAUUUCAAUUCAAUACCGCCUGUCAAGAAUACGUCUCUCAAUACAACCAAGCAGGACCACAUAUGAACACCGUUGUCGUAGCCACGGAUAUGCUAUCUAUAGGCAAAGCUCUCGCUCGAGGAGGAAACCAACCCGAAGACACCACCCUAGUAAACUUCUACGGUAUCAGCUACGGUACACUUCUCGGCCAAUAUUUCGCAACUCUUUACCCCAAUAACGUUGGAAGAUUCCUCUUGGACGGAGUAGUAGACGCCGAAACAUGGAUUUCUCAUAGCGAUGUGAACACGACUGUUACACACGCUGACAAAGCAUGGUCACUAUUUUUCUCUUCGUGUUUCAACGCCGGUCCGGAAAGGUGUAGUUUUUACACUGCCAGGAGCCCUUCUGGUACAGGAAAAGUCCCCGUGACGAGAAAUUCUCACUAUCUCCGCGAUAGAUUUAAUACAAUCACCUCAAGGUUAAAUGCAACAAAGUACGAACUAGAGGGGAAGGAAUACGCACCCGUGGUCUCUAGUAUCCUCAUAACUCUAAAAUUACUCAUCUUCAACUCUAUUUACAGAGCACACGAAACCUGGCCUCAUCUAUCGGACUUCUUUGUCGCCGCAGAGCCAAUAUUAGUCCCUAAUCCAGCAGAGUGGGACCUUGAAGCUUUACAAGCGGCCUUUUUUGAACUUCAGAUGAAGAUGGGACUUACGACUUAUGCUCCCGUAACGACUAUUCCAGAGUCUUUUACUCAAGUUUCGUGUACAGAUGCGAGAGAUAUUCGCGGCUUAGAGAUAACUCCAGCUGAAGAACAGGCUUGGAAAUUGGCAAGUAGGGUCGGUGGUGUCUCGAAAUUGGGGGCCAAGAUACAGUGCUCGCAGUGGCAAAUACGACCUUCGUGGGAGUGGUAUGGACCUGUUGGUGGUGCGACUAAAACUCCGAUUUUGUUUGCGGGAACAUUAUUGGAUCCUAUUACUCCUUUUGAAAACUCUGAGAAGGCCAGAAAGCUCUUUAAGGGGGCAAAGAUGUUCUAUGUCGACGAAAUAGCGCAUACGGCUUUCCUCACUAGGAAUACCUGCGCAUUCCGUCAUGCUCUAGCUUAUUUCCAAAAUGGAACGCUGCCCGACCAUAAUAAUCGUUGCAAAAAGGAGAUACAACCAUUCUUUUGA